AUGUCGUCGGUGUCCAAUGCGGAGAUUGUGAAGCGUAUCCGUGAAGGAAAUCAGAAGCGCAGGGAGGAGGAGCGCAAGAAGCAGCAGCUGGAGCAGGAGUAUCUCGAGGUUGUUACGAAGAAGCUGAGCGAGGAGCGGCAGAGUCGCAGCCCGACGCAGUUCCUGCCAUGCAUCCUCAUCUGUCUCCUCUUCGUGAGCUUCCCGCUCUCCGAGCAGGUUGUUGACUGGUGUCUGGUGGGGAUCUUCUGCGUUCUCAACACGCUCCUUGCGUGUGUCUUCGCCAACCCGUCGGAGUGGCUAAACAUCGCCUCCAUUGUCCUCAUCAACUUCUUCUUCGUCCGCUUCUCUAAUGAGAUCUACAACAUACCGCAGCGACUGACUCAGGUGCCGCCCAUCCUGCUUCUCAAUUACGUCGCCAUAAACCUGCUCAUCAUCGCCGCGGCGUACUUCCUGUACGUGAGCCCGCGCUACCUUCGCUUCUCGCGCAGCUACGGCGGGAAGCUUGGGCGCCAGACGUCUGACAAGCGCAAGGGUCGCCAUGCACAGGAACAGGACGUGCUGGAGGCGUUUGCAAUGCAAAAGGCGGAGGCCGAACGACUGGACUUCCUCCUCUGCCUGCUCUUACUGCUAAAUGUGGCUGUGCUCAUCUACGUUGAUGUCAUCCCCCUUCACCUGGUUUUACAGAAUGGACUUAGCGUGUUUCGACUGCUGCGGUAG